CGUGUGUGUGUGUGUGUGUGCGUGUGUGUGUGUGUGUGUGUGUGUGUGUCUGUCCGUAGCAUUUUGGCGCCAUCUGGCUCAAGCGAGAAACGCCAACGUACGUGCCUGACCGAACCACCUAUUCCUCGAGUUCGCCUUUUAGACGUGCACGCCACGAUGGCCCAGAAGGCGCCUGUCCGAGUGUUCUUGCUGAUCCCUCUCCUCGUCCACGGCGUCUGCGGCACGACCGCAGCGUCGGAGGUCAACUUUCAGCAGGAUCACACCGUGCUCCUGCAGCUCGGCACGGACGCCACGAGCUUCGACCUCGCCCGCGUCGGUUCCCGUAAGGGCGUGCCUACAGUGAGCUCCAUGGUGCUCCACGUGAACGCCAGCCAGCAGAAAGGACAACGCCAAGUCGAGGCGGCUGACCACAUGGUGAAUGGGGCCUCCUGGAGCCAGUUGGGGCAGGACAUCGAUGGCGAAGCCCCAGGCGAUCUGAGUGGCAGGUCGGUGUCGCUGAGCAGCGACGGCAGCCGCGUGGCCAUUGGAGCGAUCUACAACGACGGUGCUGGGGCAAAUUCAGGUCACGUUCGCGUCUUCGGGCUUUCGGGCAACACAUGGAGCCAGUUGGGGCAGGACAUCGGUGGCGAAGCCUCUGGCGAUCAGAGUGGCUGGUCGGUGUCGCUGAGCAGCGACGGCAGCCGCGUGGCCAUAGGAGCGAACUACAACGACGGUGCUGGGUCAUAUUCAGGUCACGUUCGCGUCUUCGGGCUUUCGGGCAACACAUGGAGCCAGUUGGGGCAGGACAUCGAUGGCGAAGCCUCUUACGAUUACAGUGGCGCGUCGGUGUCGCUGAGCAGCGACGGCAGCCGCGUGGCCAUUGGAGCGAGCUGGAACGACGGUGCUGGGUCAGAUUCAGGUCACGUUCGCGUCUUCGGGCUUUCGGGCAACACAUGGAGCAAGUUGGGGCAGGACAUCGAUGGCGAAGCCCGCGGCGAUAUCAGUGGCAAGUCGGUGUCGCUGAGCAGCGACGGCAGCCGCGUGGCCAUUGGAGCGAGCUACAACGACGGUGCUGGGUCAAGUUCAGGUCACGUUCGCGUCUUCGGGCUUUCGGGCAACACAUGGAGCCAGUUGGGGCAGGACAUCGAUGGCGAAGCCUCUUACGAUUUCAGUGGCACGUCGGUGUCGCUGAGCAGCGACGGCAGCCGCGUGGCCAUUGGAGCGAGCAACAACAACGGUGCUGGGUCAGAUUCAGGUCACGUUCGCGUCUUCGGGCUUUCGGGCAACACAUGGAGCCAGUUGGGGCAGGACAUCGAUGGCGAAGCCCGCGGCGAUUACAGUGGCAUGUCGGUGUCGCUGAGCAGCGACGGCAGCCGCGUGGCCAUUGGAGCGACCUGGAACGGCGGUGCUGGGUCAAGGUCAGGUCACGUUCGCGUCUUUGGGACCGAGGCACCCACUCCGGUGCCUUCGCCAGCGCCGCCUGCAGCGACUGCUGCUGCAGUCGGGGAUCCCCACCUGGUAAAUAUGUACGGGGAGCGUUUUGAUCUCCUUAAGGUCGGCAAACACUUGCUGGUCGAGGUCCCACAGUUUGCAGCGGAGAGCGCGACGCUCCUGGCCGUCGCGGCCGUGGCACAGCGUUUGGGCGACGCCUGCUCGGACGUUUACUUUGUGUCCCUCAACGUGACCGGCAAGUGGGCGGACGGCGUGCGCGAGGGCGGCUUCCAUUACACGGCCAAGCAGCCGCAGGCUCACAGAAAAGGAACGGGCUGGCUGAGCUUCCACAGCAUUCAAUUGAAGACCGUAUGGGGCCGUACUGGCGGAGGCAUUUCCUACCUGAAUCUGUUCGUCAAGAACUUAGGCAAGUCGGGGUAUCCAGUCGGCGGUUUGCUCGGCGGUGGGGACCACUCGUCUGUGACCAAGCCAGUUUUGCGCUGCAAGCGCGAACUGGUCCUAUAGAUGGUCUUCUUUUUGCAAAUUACUUGCUAUGGGGCCGUGAGGAUUGCCACGGCCUCUGUUAAGGGUUGAUCUUAAUCGUGAAUAAGAACUCGUUAAUCGUGAAGAGUGAAUUUUUGUGUGGUGUCACAGUGUAGUGUCGAGAACCCUUGACUCAGGACAGAAAUUCAUGCGCGAACCAAGCAUGUCCAUCUCUCGUUCAAGUGCCGUGUGGGAUAAGCAAUGCUGGAGUAUUUAAUUGCAUGGCACUGCAGCCCAAGGUAGCAGCGCCUUCACGCAGCAGUGUCCAGCGAGCUGCAGCCCAAGGUAGCAGCUCAUUUACAGCGCUGGUCGCUGCAUCCCAGGCACUAUAUACUCAGAGCAAGCGAGAGAAGAUGCCCGCGGCAGAGCUGUCAUAGAGAAACAACAUGGCGGG